AUGUAUGUGACCAAUACUUUAUUGAUGAAAUGCCUAUUGAAUAGCAAAAGGAGGAAUAGUGAGUUAUAUAAUCACCUGUACAAGUCAUGUCGUUUUUAUUGUACUAGCGAAAAACAAAAAAUAGGAAAAUUUUUGGAAGGGAAGAAAGUAAUAACAAAAAAUUUGCUUAUAGAACAUGAAAAUGAUAUAAUAAAUGUUUUAAAAGAUUCAAGAAGAAUAAAAAAUGAAAUAAAUGUUCAAAAUGUAAUAAAAUUACUUCAAGCAUAUAGUAAAAAUAAAUAUAAAAAUGAUACAAUUUCAGACUUGAUAAUUAAAUAUAUUAAACAUAAUGUUGAGGAUAUAUCACUUAUAAAAUUAUGUGUGUGCAUAAAUUAUUUAAUAAAUUUAAAAAUAAAAAAUAAUCAAACUUUUGAUUAUGUAAUAAUUAAUUCAUUUAUUAAAAAAUUAAAAAAUGAUGAACAUAUAGAUUUAUAUGGAAUAUGUCUUAUAUUAAAAUAUGUAAUACAUAAAAAAAUAGCAAACCAAGAACUUAUAUAUAUGUUAUGUGAUUUAACAAAAUCAAAAAUAAAAACUAAUUGUAACUCAUAUGAUAUAUAUAAUUUAAUAUUGUCAUUUUUAGUUAUACAUAAUGAAGGGCUUAUAAAAAAUUAUGCCCUUUAUAAUAAUUUUACACAAACUAGUCAUAAAGAUAAUAAUUCCGAGCAAGCACACAACAAUGGAAAGGUAAAUGUAACUACUAUCCCAUAUAAGGAUAAAGAACAAAAUGUUCAAGACAAAUUUCAUAUAAAUAAUGUUAAUAAUGUGCCAAAAUUAAUGGAAGAUAAUAUUUAUAAUUUAUUAUAUUAUUAUAUAAACCUUGAAAAUGUAAAGACUAAUGAAAUAAUUUUAAUAAUAAGCCAACUAUCUAACAUAAGAUCGAGCUGUUUUGCUCAUAAAAUGAACUUGAGCAAGAAAGAAAAAACAAAUAUAUAUGAAAAAUAUUUAAAAAAAAUAAAUUUUAAUGAGAAUGUUGAAGCAAAAUUAAUAGCAUUAUUAUUAUUUACUUUACAAAGAAUUAUUAUAUCAGGUGAUAUAUCGAUAGAAAUUGCUUAUGAAACAAUAAUACAAUGUUAUAGUCAUUUUCAACUGUUUACUAUAAAAACAAAAGAGCAUGCACAAUUAUUAGCAAAUGAAAAAUAUAGAAAAGAAAUAAAGUAUCAAGAUAAAAAUAAUUGCAUUAAACAAUCGGAAAAUAUAGAACAAGUUAAUCCAAAGGAACUGGCUCGAAAAAAUGAAAUGAAAAAUGAAAAGAAAAAUGAAAAAUAUAAUUACAAAAGCAAUGUAAGAACAUAUUUUACCAUUCAAGAAAUAGGAAUGAUUUUUCAGUUUUAUGAUUCCUUUGUUAAUAUUAAAAAAAUAAAAAAUUUAGGAAAUAUUUCCCCACAAUAUAUUUAUACUAAUGAACAUACAAAUACAACUAUAAAUAAUAGACUUUUAAAAGAAAGUAAACAUGAUAGAACUAAAAAAAUAGACAGCUAUGAAAUAAGAAAUGAUAUAAACGAGGAAAAGUAUUUUCAGAUUUUAAACAAUUUGAAACCAUGUAUAAAUAAUCUAAAAAAAUGUUUAUAUUUUUAUUCAUUAUAUAAUAAUGAUGAAGUAAAAAAAAUGAAUGCUCUUGAUUUUUGUACAAUAUUUAAAGGAUUUUGUAAAAUAUAUACUAACACAAUAUUAGACAAAAAUAUAUUAACAUUUUUUGAAAAUAGUUUAAAUAUAAAUCAAAAUAAAUUUAGUAUUAAUGAAAUAAAGUCUAUACUUAAGUUACUUUUUGAAAACAGAAAUUCGGAUUUGUUUGAAAAUUUAUGCAACACACCUAAAAGUAAAUUUUUAAAUACAAUACAAAAUAUGUUAAUUAAAUCUGUUUUAAAAUUAAAUGAAAAAGAAAUAUGUGAAGAACGAAUAAAACAAAAACAAAAUGAACAAGCUAUGGAAGAAUAUAUCAUGUGUUUUUAUUACUUAUCAUUCAUGAAUUUUAAUGCAAAUACAUAUAUGCUGUUAAAUAACUAUAUCAUGAAAAAUGUUCGGACAAAUAUUUUUAGAAAAAAUAUUCCUUAUAUUAUUAUAAGCAAAUUUAAUUAUCACAAAUUAGAAACAAAAUCUUUAAAGAGCCACCCAACAAUGGAACAUGAAGAAUAUAUAAAAUGGAAGGAAAACAACCCAAAAAACAGCCAAAAAAACAGCAAACCAGAGGAAUAUAUACAUAGUAGGAUAGAUAAUAAAAAUAUACUAACCCCCCAUUUUAAUGCCUAUAAAGAUUCAUUUAGUAUAGACAAUAUAAAAUGUGUUGAAAAUGGAAAUAAUAAUAGAUAUUCAAAUUGUGAUAUUGGUAGGAUACAUGUCUUAUACAAGCUAAUUAACAAACAUUUUGAUCAAUGUAAAAUAUAUUAUAUACUUAAUUCUGUUUAUGUAUUAACAAAAUUUGUAAAAGAAAAGAGAAAUAAUUCAAAUUCAUUAGUACUUUUUUCGAAUUUUAAUUUAAAUAAUAUAUUUAAUAAAUUGCAUAACAAAUUAUAUUCCAAUUUUCAGAGUAACCCCAAAUUAAUGAAAAUAAAUUAUGAUUAUUUUAUAAAUUUUGUAAAAUAUAAUUAUUGUCUUUCAUUUUUUAAUUAUUAUCUAGAUCUUAAUCAUAUACUAAAAAAAAACAUACACUGUUGGUAUACAGGAUUUGCUCAGAAUUUUUAUACCCCAUUUAACACUUAUCUUAUUGUUAACUUUUUACAAAAUUAUGAGCAUGCUUUGAUAAAUAAAAAUAUUUCAUCACACAUAAAAGAAGUAACAAAUAUACUGAAUACAAUUAAGAACGAAAAGACAGAACUUCUUUACAAUUUUAUGAACUAUAUAAAUUUAUAUUACAACAAUUUAACUAUAAAUGAUAUUAUAUAUAUAAUUAAAUCCUUAAAAUUUUUAACACCAGAAAUAAAUCAUAAAAAUACAAUAACCACAUUGGGAAAACUAUUAAAAGUUAAACUUAAUGAACAAAUAAAAAUAUCUACAAUCUCGGAAUUACUAAUUGAAUAUAUUAAGUUUUUAUAUCAUUUAGAAUUAUAUAAAAGUGACUUUUUUCAAAAAUAUAAUCAUUUAAUAGCUAACCAUCUCAUCAUUAUAUUUAAAGCUAUUUUGAAAAAUAUUCUGAACAAUUCAGAAAAUAAUUAUAUAGGAAUGUUGCAACUUUCUAUUAUGUACAUAACUUAUUUUAUUAAAAAUCCGGAAUACAUUUUUAAUUCUCUAUAUUUGAAUCAAUUGCAAAAAAUAAAUUAUUUUAUUAAUCUAUCUCUUAUGGAUUUAGACAAAUAUAGCCAAUCAUGUACCUUUCAGUUACAAAUUUUAAAAGUUCUUCAAGGUAUUACCAAAAAAUUGGAAAAAAAAAUUAUGAACGAGCACAGAAUUUAUAACACCCCAUACACAGUUGAUAUAUUUAUUAAAUAA